GCAAUGGGCUGAGUACUUUCCCUCUACAUUGACAUCGUAGCUCUUUCCUUUGUCCCCAUUAUUUGUUAAUUAUUCUCAUUUCUGGGCCUCACCUUUGUUCCGAUUCAUAGUUGUCAAUUCCCAUUUUCCAAAGCUCUCUCCGUUCUGGGAUUUGUUAGUUUCCAGCCCCUAUCAAUUUUUCCCCACCUCUAUCGAGCUCGGACAUUCUUCAACGAUAAUCGCCUGCUGGCUGAUCAAUCAAAAGCUUGGAGAAGACAACACGCAUAUGAAUCUGAAUAAUUUGUUUUAAAGCAUCUUCUUACUAGUAGAGCAAUCUUAAAAACAAGUUCGGCUGCAAACUCAGCUGUGACCACUGGUCGUAAAUUACGGGGUUCAGAGAGUUGUGGUUCCUCCUUUUGGCUUCCAACGUUUUCCUUGAUCAUGCUCAGACCACUUGAAUGCCCUUUGCUCUUCAUUGUUCACAAAGAAGUCAAAGUUAUCAGAUUUUGAUGAAAAGUCCUGUUCAUAGUUCCUAAUUUUGCUCAAAUCUUUAUCCUCCUGUCUAACAUUGGGAAUUCGGUCUGCAUGCUUUCACUAAGACUGUUAUUUUUAUGGAAUAAUUUAUGCCUGCUUUGUUCUACAUAGCGGGAUUGGCAGUCCAUCCGUCGCAGAUGUCUGAAUGCAUAAACCGGUUUGAUUUGGACCUCAUUCACUUCACGAUCAAAUUUUCUCAAGUUUCAACAUGCCUGGAUUUUACGUUAUAUUUCUAAUCGCUUUUUAACUAAUAUACGGGUAUCCUAUGGCGUGGCAGGAUUAAAACGGGAUGUGAUGGUUUAUUUCAUGCGAAGAAAUAAAAUUUUAAUGGGAUGAGAUAUGGAAGGACAAUUUUGGACCCGAGAGUCUUUCGGUUGACCAUCUGCCUGUAUGGGAGGCUUGUUGCGCAUUUUUGAGUUCAAUCACGGGAGCAUGGCCAAGAAAGUUCAUGCCCGCAAGAGACGUCAUGGUGGCCUGGAACCUCCUCGCAAUAGCCUGGAGCUUCAAGUUGACGCAUCUCAAAUUCAAUGCCCGCAAGGGGAAUUACCGUAUCAUUAUCAAGUAGAAGAGUUGUCAGUGAAUGCUAGUUGUUCAGACACGGUUUCAGUGAAGAAACUGAUCAAUGAUGAGCUAUGCCAGCGACCAACCACCAAACCAAACGCACCGAGCCUUGUGGCCAGAUUAAUGGGUAUAGAUAUGAUGCCAUCAGAUGCUAAAUCUGCAAUUCCAUCAGAUGAAAUAAAACGUGAAAAUAUGGGGAAAAAGUUUUCUGAGAAGGAAGUGAAUGGAAGGGGUUCAGGUGGUCGGGGUUCUGGCAACUCUAAUUCUUGUAGCCAGAUGGAAUUUGACUCUCAUUGCCAAGACACAGAUGAUGAUGAUGGAUGGAACCAAUAUUUGGGAAAACCAAAGCCCCGGGACCAUCCUCAGGAAGAGGAACUGCAGAAGUUCAAGAAAGAAUUUGAAGCAUUUCAAGCAGCGAGGUUAAUGGAGUGUUCAAAGGCUGUUGAAGUUGACAAUAACCCCAGACAACUGCCUGCACGAGAGAGCAUGGACAAGAAAAAGAUGGCAGAUCAUGCAACUUCACAUAGACUGGCUACAGAGUUAACAAAUUAUGGUGGUCCAGAAUAUCAUGGUAAUAUCAUGGAGUUAUUUCCUACUAGGCACAAAGAAACCUUUCCUUCAAGGAGCAGAACCUUAAGUAGAGACUUUGAGGAGUCCUUAAUGAUGAAAUCUAAUGGCCCACAGGAUGGUUAUUCACCAACUCGAAUAGUUAUUUUGAAGCCCGGUCCUGAUAGGAUUUACAGUCAUGAGGAUAAUUGGAUCAAUCCAUUCGGCAUUUCACAAGAGAGAAAUAGCAUAGAAGAUUUUCUCAAAGAGGUCAGAGAGCGGCUAAAAUGUGAACUGCAGGGGAAAACUUCUAAAAAGGGUUAUGUGGUUCGUGGAAGUGGAAUUGAGACACCUUACAAUGAAAAGCCAUCAGAUCCUAAACAAAUUGCUCGCAAUAUAGCAAAACAGGUCAGAGAAAGCGUGACUAGAGAUGUUGCAACAAAUUUGCUCCGCUCAGAAUCAACAAAAUCAUGCAGAAGUGAAAUUCAGUUCAAUGGAUCAAGUUCCCCAGAAUUUAUCAAUAGAGAUUCCAGGAGAUUCUUGUCAGAGAGGCUAAGAAAUGUUCUAAAAAGCAAAGCUUAUCUUGAUAUUCCUGGAGCGACUUGUGGGAAUUCAAGGUCAUAUCUCCUAGAUGAUCACAAUGACAGGUUAAAACAAGAUAAUGAUAGUACGAAUUCAAAUUAUUCGAGCCACUGGGAAAUUUCAAAAGAGGAAAAAGAAAUGCAAACAGGCUCUUUCAGGUGUGAACAAGUUGGCGAUAUAUCACUCCCCAAAGAAUCGUCCCCUAGAAACCUUGUUAGAUCCUUGUCUGCUCCAGUAUCAGGAACAUCAUUUGGAAAACUUCUUCUAGAGGACCGACAUAUUUUAACUGGUGCGCAAAUUCGGAGGAAGCUUGAAGCUAUUGAAACUGCGUCUGUUGAUGUUAAAAAGAAAAAGAAGGAUAGAUUUAACAUCAAAGAAAAGGUUUCCAACUUCAAAUAUAAUCUUGUCCUAAGAGGGAAGCUGUUUGGAAAAAAAUUUCAGUCAGUGGGGGAAUCACAUAGCAAUGAAGAUGGUUCCAUGAUGGUAGAUGUCACGAGUGGACCGACAGUUCUUUUGAAUUGUGGUGAAAGGCAUGAGAACUCCACUGAGGUCCCUCCCAGUCCUGCAUCUGUAUGCAGCAAUGCUCAGGAAGAGCUGUGGAAGCGAGCUGAAUACUUAAGCCCAAUUUCAACUCCGGAUGUAUCUUCAAGAGAUGAUAAUGCUAUGCCAGAGGUUCUUAGAGAAAUUAGCUCUGGUUUGAACGAGUUAAGGAGGCAGAUAAAUCAACUUGAGUCUGAUGGCCCUGAGGAAUUAAUGGUCAAACAGGAGCCUGAGGAAUCUAAGUUGGCACAAUUGGAGGAUCCAGCAGAAUCCUACAUAAGAGAUCUGCUUGUUGCUUCUGGUCUAUACUUCGGUUCAUGGGAUAAAUCCUUAUUAAAAGGGGACACGUUUGCGAAGCCUAUUGGGAACUCGGUUUUUGAAGAAGUUGAGGAAUCUCAUAAAAAAAUGCUCAAGGAGAACGAAACUUCAACCAAGGAUCAAAGUGACAAUACGUUAGAGCACAAGCUAUUGCAUGAUUUGCUAAAUGAAGGACUUUUCAUUGUUCUUGGACCACCUUUAACGUUGUCUAGAUUCAGAAGGAAACUAUGCUGUUCCUCCUCCAUGCUGCCGCCACCACGUGGGAAGGAACUUCUGAAGUUGGUAUGGGAAAUCAUUAGAGUUACUUUAUAUCCACCGUCUGACGUAACUUCUGAUUCUCUUGAUACGUUGGUGGCCAGAGAUCUGGGCCCCAACCCCUGGAUUGGAUUGAUGGAUGAUGAGCUUAAUAUACUGGAAGGAGAGAUAGAACGUCUAGUUACUGAAGAUCUGGUUGAAGAACUCACUAGGGAUAUGAUAUGCUGAGGUAGUGUGAAGUAAAACCUCGUUCAUCGGAACAAGGCUCAUAAACGUUUCUUUUAUAAACAAAAUGAAACAUGAUCUUGUCUAAUUCAUCUGAUGUUGCAGGAGUGUGUGCGUGUGUGUGUAAAUUUUGGCGUGAGCACUGGACACUGAGGGCAGCAAGCUGAGUUGUGGUAAUACAUACUGAUAGUGUACAUGAGUGGCAUUUGUUAUUAGGAUUUUUUUUUAGUGCAAAAAAAUCGAUUGGAUUCUAUGAUUUCUUCCAUGUUCAUGAGUGUAUAAAUUGGUGUUACUUUUAUGCCGUGGCCUUGCGCUGCACUUUCUUCCAUAAUGCAAUUAUGGUGAUUCUUUUAUCA